AAACAGACACUUCAGUUGAUCAAGCUGCGAUUAGGCUGCCCGCAAAUCAAGGACGGGGCUCUAAUGAGAAUGCGGGUGGGUCGGAUUACUCUGUCUCUGGACAAGGCAUGAGCAAUCUGAAGAAUACGAGAGAAGUCAAGGCUCUCAGGAAGUUCUCUCCACAGGCUGGUGGGCCAGUAAAGAAAGAUUUGGGUACAUUUUCCCCUCAGGUGACGAAUAUUGCAAAUAGUACCGAUUCCCCAAGGAAUUCUUUUAGCUCUCAAGGGCCGAGGCCGAGCGGGAGGAGUGUCGCCACCAUGAGCUACGGGAGAGUGAAGAAGAUAAUGCCACGACCACAAGGUGAUGACUCGUCCAGGGAGUCAACGUCGGGAAGCAAUAUCGAUGGAAUUGGAAUGGAAAGCGGAGAUAUCGCCCGUGGUGGAUCUAGGGGCAAACUUUAUGUACCGCAAAGUGUUAGGGAGGCUGCACAUGCUCUUUCCAAGCAGCGGGGAGUUGUGGACCAGUGAGGUUCGCAGCAUCCAAGGGUAGGGUGCUUUGGAAUGGCUACAUGCCUUUUGUUGCUUUGAGAUGGGAUACGAUCAACACAAAAUAUUUACAGGCUGUCCUACAUGGAGAUCGUUUAUUUUGAAUACCUGCAUGGUACUUGCAGUUUUAAACGAAUGAGACGGCUAGUACAAAAAAAAUCAAUGAAGAGCGUGUGGAAGCCAUAAAAGAUCGAUGAAAAUUAGAUCUUGCAGUUUAGUGAAACCGUUUCAAAACAUUCAGCACCAGCUAUAUCUAAAGCACUUGUGUCAAUUC